UACCAAUCUGUUAAGUUGCCUGAGAGAGAAUGUCUGACCGGAUCGUCUAUAUUAACUCUAACUUGUCCUCUGUCCCCUGGGAGGGCCACACAGCAGCAGCAGUGGCUCCCACCCCUCCUCCUACACCUUGUCUCUACCAUGUCGUCUACCGAGGGUGUGGAGAAACCCAGAUGUGCUGGCAUGGAGAGACAUACUGCCUGGUUGGUGGCUACCGGGCCUAUGGGGAUGCUCCUGUGGCCACCCCAGCAAAGGUGGAAGCAGAGAAGCCCGUCCCCAGGCAGGCGCCCAAGAAACGUCGAGCUGUGGCAGAGUCGGAUAAAGAACUCGGUUGCCCAAGCCCCAAAAUUCGGCGAUUAUAGCAUGGUGGCAGGAGGCUGACCCCACAGAAGCUUGCUGGGCGAGCCGCUGAGGAAGACCUGCUCUCGGGUACCAGAACAGGAUUAAGAGGUUCAAGCAGCAUCCCCCCUGAGGCUCACAUGCCCCUUUAUUCCCAGCCCUUUCUGGCCCCAUUGGGCUCCAUUACUGUUCAAUAA